UUGAUUUAAAUCCCUCACUUGUUCGCCAUUACAAUACAGUUUUUGUUCAAUAUAAUUUCAAUUGUGUUAUUCCGUUUAAUUAAUUGAUUAAAUCGUCUUUGUAUUUGACAAUCAUGGCCUCCAAUUCACAAGCUUUGACUGUUUAUCGUGAACUAGUAGCUGAAUUCAACCGAAAACCACCCAAACUUGAUAAUUGUCUUAAACUUCUUGACAAACUAAAGAUCUUAUUGACUCAAUUGUCAUUUCUACCCACCAACAAUCAAGUCAAUAAGCAAGAUUUGAUUAUUAGCCGAGACUGUUUGGAGAUGGGUGCACAGAUCAGUGUGGCUUGUAGAGACAUAGUAGCAUUCGAGCGAUAUCUAUCGCAAUUGAAAUACUACUAUUUUGAUUUCUGUGAUGAGCUACCAGAAUCUGCUUACAAAUACCAACUGCUUGGAUUAAAUUUAUUGUGUCUUUUAUCUCAAAACCGGGUUGCCGAGUUCCAUACAGAGCUUGAACUGCUUCCAGCUCAUGAAAUUCAAAACAACAUCUACAUCAAACACCCAGUCAACUUGGAGCAAUGGUUGAUGGAAGGUUGUUAUAACAAAGUUUUCUUAUCAAAGGAGAAUGUACCAGCUGAAAGUUAUGGCCAUUUUGUGGACAUUUUACUUGACACCGUGCGUGAAGAGAUAGCUAAUUGCUUAGAAAAAGCUUAUGGAGCAAUCAGCAUUCAUGAAACUAAUCGCAUACUCUUCCUGAAUAACAUCAGCGAUUUGAAGCAAUUCGCAUUUAAAAGAAACUGGAAGAUAGAUGACAAAAUGCUCAUUUUUGAUGCUGCCAAGGAAAGCAAGCCUGUAUUUUCAUCUGAAAUUCCUUGUGAACAAUUAGCCUGUAAAGCACUAGAAUAUGCAAGGGAACUUGAAAUGAUCGUUUAAAUUUUCUAGUGUACGAAGUUGGCGAUUUAAAAAAUAAAAAUUGAUUACAAUAAGAUCAUGAUUGUUUUAGUAAUAAAAGAUUAUGCGCAAUUUU